AUGAGCGCCCCGGUCCCGCCGGGCCGCGGGAUGCAGUUCGCCGAGACCCAGCUGAGGCGGCACGGCUGGCGCCAAGGGCAGGGACUGGGCAGGCGGCAGGACGGCAUCGCCGAGGCCAUCCGGGUGAAGGUCAAGUGCGACACGGCGGGGGUGGGACACGACGCGGCGGAGCCCUUCACCUUCCACUGGUGGGACCACGUCUUCAACAAGGCGGCUGCCAACAUCGCUGUGGAGGCUGGGCAGGAUGGCAUCUCUGUGAAGGCGCUUUCUGAGCAGGGAGGCGGGAUCAGCAAUAAGAAGCCGCGCAAGGCUGGCAGCAGUGGGAGCCUCCUGUACGGCCGAUUUGUGAAGUCAGCCACGCUCACAGCCUGUGGGGAGGAGUCCAUAACACUGCCCACCAGCUCUGAGAGCAGUGAGGAUGAGGAGAAGCUGGACCUCUCCUCGGUCAGGAGGCUGACAGACGAGGAGCUGGUGCAGGCGUGUGGGGGCCGCACAGCACACAAGGGUGCCCGUCACGGCCUGACCAUGAGUGCCAAGCUGGCACGCCUGGAGGAGCAGGAACGAGCCUUCCUGGCCACAUAUCGGCAACGGGAGCAGCAGCAGGAGCCCCCAGAGAGCAACCAGGGCAAAAAGAAGAAAAGGAAACAGUCCAGGGAUGGAGCCAACCCCGAGGUGCCAAAGAGCCAGGACCCAAACAGAGAACAGGAGACUUUGAAAGAAGAAAAGGUUGUCAAGAGGAAGAAAAAGAACCGGAGACCAAGCAGAGAAGAGGAGCUGACAGGAGAGGAAGAGGUCAUGAGGAAGAAGAAGAAGGUGGUCACAGAGCCAUGUGGAGAAGAGGUAUCAGGAGAGGAGGGGAAAGUCAUGAAGAGGAAGAAGCCAGAGCUAAGCACAGAUGAGGAAGUGACAGAAGAGGAGAGGAAGGCUGCAAAGAGGAGAAAGAAGAAAAAGAAGAAGAAGCAGGAAGAGGAGGACAAAGAAGAGCCAGCUGAAACAGACAUACCUCUACAAGACACAGAUGAGCCAAACUUGGGACACAGCCCUACAAAGAAGAGGAAGAAGAAGAAGAAGAAGAGGGAGCCAGAGUGAACAAGUGACAUGGCUGCCAUGCUGUGCAGCUGCCAGUCCCACCUGGCUGUAAAGGUCCAGAUCCUGGUGCUGGUGGGUGCCACACGGUGCUCUGAGCUCAUUCCAGAUGGAGUCCAGCACUGUGGCCCAGCUGCCUGGGGAUGCUGGGCUAGGACAAGUUAGUCUGGAGCUGGAUCAAGCUUUACUUCACCACCUGAACCUUAAGGGGUGACCCUGGUUCCCCCAAGACAUUGGGGCAGGGACCCAUUUGGGCCUGUCACAGAGGGACACAAGGAUACACCCUGCAGAGUACUGAGGUUUUUUUUCAGGGGCAUGAAUAAAUCUUUAUUGUAAUCAGAUUA